ACAAAUUGACAACAAGAAAAAAGUAGCGCAAAAAUGAACAAACAAAAUAAUAUAUUACUAAGGCUGAAAGUUACAAGGAACAAGGACAGACUUGUUAUAACUUCCAAUGGACUGCAGUUGAUGCCACUGGAGUGGGGAUACAACGAGGACAACGGUCCAGAUAAAUGGGCUCAGUGCUACCCGGAAGCCAAUGGCCAGCGCCAGAGCCCAAUUGACAUCGUACCCAUCGACUUAAAAACAAUCAACACCAACAGGAGACUCACCUGGAAGUACAUUCCAGAGAACGUCAUUGACGUCACCAAUCCAGGGUACUGCUGGAAAGUACACGUAAAUGGUGAAGGAUCAGGUAAGAUUAUGAAGAAAAAAAUUAUUCUAAUUAUUUUUUUGUUAAAAAAGAUGUGUUUUUGUAGACUAAGUGGUGGUCCAUUGGAGAGAUAUAUUCUGGAACAAUUCCACUGUCACUGGGGUAAAACCAACCAGGAAGGUUCGGAACAUACCAUCAACGGUGAAAAAUAUGCUGGAGAGUUACAUCUGGUCCACUGGAAUGCUUCCAAGUAUUCUUCAUUCAACGAAGCAGCCAAACAUCCAGAUGGCCUAUGCGUUUUAGGAGUUUUUUUAAAGCCUGGCAGAAAAAACUUGGAACUGGACAAAAUCGUGUGCCAACUGAACAAAAUCCAGUACAGGGGUGAAACCGCCAAAAUUUUAGUUCCAGUAAACCCUGGAGCUUUUCUACCUCAAGACAGUGGCUACUACACUUACCAAGGAUCUCUAACAACACCGCCGUGCUCAGAGUGUGUUAUUUGGAUUGUUUUUAAAGACCCAUUAGAAAUAUCUCAAGAACAGCUGGAGUCUUUCAGAUGUCUCAGAUCUUUCUGUCUGGAAGACCAGUGCCCUUGUGAUGAGUUUAAGGGCUAUGUCAAGACUAAUUUUAGACCUACACUUCCACUGAACGAACGUGAAGUCAAAGAAUGCCGAAUUUAAUAAAAAAAAA